AUGUUAUUCUCACGUUGUUGCAGCUUGUGCAGCGCGGUUUUCGGUAUGGCAGAGGGCCCACCAGUCCAGCUUGAACCAGUCGAUCUCAGCGUUCGUUCGCCACCUAAAGAUUGCACAGCGAAAACCGACGGCAGUUUGCGAGUUCGCAGCAGCAGUCUACUCAAAAGGCCGCCACCCCCGCUCAUCUCUGCACCGCACCUCCUAGCGUUAAGGCACAAAACGAAAGACUUAUUGUUCUCCAUCACCAACAACAAUGCCAGUAAAGCCCCUCACUCGCCAUUCACUGCCAGUCAGCUGUUCUCAACGCUCUGCGGCAACACAAUCAUCAACAACAACAACGAAGACGAAGACGUCGCCUUAGCCAAUAACAACAACAACACCCUUAGUAUUAAUAACAAUAAUAACUACCUUAGCGAUGAGUCGAAAACAAGUACCUUCCGUGAAACGUAUCCUAUGUACAACUAUUGUGUUCAGCAGAGUCCUACGCAACUUUUCCCGCCCUUUGGGCCGGGUGCCUUCAGCCAUCACCCGCAUCAUCCCCACCCCCAUCUCCCGCACGCGGAUAUUGCGCGCCAUUCUCCGCCACUGUCCUUCCUAGAUCUCCAGCAGCACCACCACCAUCACAGUCAUACGCAGCAGGUCGGUUCACCCCAGUCGUCGCCGCUGCAGCCCGUGCCAGUACUAAGUUCCAAGCUGAUUCCGCCACAUCCGCUGGCGGCAUCGAUAGCCAGUCUCGCAUCCAGCCUGCCCAAAAACCACCCGCUAAGCGAAUCUGCCACGGCGGCCGCCGCUUUCCACCGCCUGUUGCAACCUUCGCCAUCGGCUUCGGGAAUCUCCGUCAGUACGGCGGCUGCAGCGGCAGCAGUGGCUGCCAGUCGAGCCCUCCUGGAAGCGCGACAUCACAGCUCCAGCCCGGACCGGAUCAAAUCGGAACGGACCGAUUUUUCCUUGUCCCCUCGGCCACCACCCGAUCUGGGCGGAAAUGGCCUGGGAGGUGGCGAGGCGGGCAAAAGUGGGACGACCAAAAACAGGAAGAUCCACCGAUGCGACGCAACGGGGUGCGACAAAGUUUACACUAAAAGUUCCCACCUGAAGGCGCACAAGCGCACGCAUACAGGUGAAAAGCCAUACAUCUGCACCUGGGAGGGCUGCGUGUGGCGCUUCGCUCGGUCCGACGAGUUGACGCGACACUACCGGAAGCACACCGGCCUCAAGCCGUUCCGCUGCAAGCUGUGCACACGUUCCUUUAGCCGUUCGGAUCACCUGUCGCUUCACAUGAAGCGGCACUAAGUUUUAAAGAAGGGCCCAUCGUGCCUUCCGCCACUCACAAUCACACUAUUAGAACACUUGUAAGCGCAACUAAUGGAGUCUACUUACUAGGAUUAAACUUGAAAAGCAAUACUCUGAAUCUUCUGCAUAAGUUUAGCGCAUAGCUAAUCACAUCAGUGAUGUUGAAUCUCAUUGUAUUAAUUCCAUUAUCUAUCUCUUAAGUUAUUGAAACCAUGGUCCCAGUUUUCCCGUCAGUAUAUACUUAGAUUCGUUCUGUUAACUAGAUAAAGUAAGGUGCUGUUGCAGUUAGCGUGAAUUUUUAAGAAACAUACAAUUGAAAGAUCUCCGUACGAUUCCUUCUAAAAGACACUUUCGCGAUUUCACCGUUGAUUUCUUAACUCUCUCUUGAAGUUUUCACCGACAAUCAGCCAUAGAUCGUUUCGAACAAGAAAGUGAGCAUCAUUUGAAAAAUUGAUCAGUCGAAACAUUCCCAGUAGCGAUUUAUAUUUAUUGCAACCAGUGCACUU